CCUGCGCGGAGCGGCCCUGCGUGCAGUGAGGCAGUGGCGGGGGGAAGGCACCGGCGGGGCCGACGGGCGGCUUGAAGGAGGGAAGCGGGCUAGCGGAGUCCCAGUGCGCGCCGCGGCCGCCCGGGCGCCCUCCCCUUCCGGGCGUGAGGCGCCGUGUGGAGCCGAGCCGAGCGGACCCGCGCCGGCAGCGAGGCGCUGCUCCCGCCGCCCCAGCCCGGCCUCCCCCGGCUCCGGCGCUCCCGUCGCGGGGGCCCGCGUUCCUCGGCACACCCGGCUCCAGGCGCCCCCGGAGCCUGCGCUCGGCCCUCCGAAAGCCCCGGCGCCGGCCCGGGCCCUCGGCGGGAGGAUGACGGAGCUGCAGUCGGCGCUGCUACUGCGAAGACAGCUGGCAGAACUCAACAAAAAUCCAGUGGAAGGCUUUUCAGCAGGUUUAAUAGAUGACAAUGAUCUUUACCGGUGGGAAGUCCUUAUCAUUGGUCCCCCUGACACACUUUAUGAAGGUGGUGUUUUUAAGGCUCAUCUCACUUUCCCAAAAGAUUAUCCCCUCCGGCCUCCUAAAAUGAAAUUCAUUACAGAAAUCUGGCACCCAAAUGUUGAUAAAAAUGGUGAUGUAUGCAUUUCCAUUCUUCAUGAGCCUGGGGAAGAUAAAUAUGGUUAUGAAAAGCCAGAGGAACGCUGGCUCCCUAUUCACACUGUGGAAACCAUCAUGAUUAGUGUCAUUUCAAUGCUGGCGGACCCUAACGGAGACUCACCUGCUAACGUUGAUGCUGCGAAAGAAUGGAGGGAAGACAGAAAUGGAGAAUUCAAAAGGAAAGUUGCCCGCUGUGUAAGAAAAAGCCAAGAGACUGCUUUUGAGUGACAUUUGUUCAACAGCUGUAACUUCAUUAUUUCAGGGUCUCCAAUUGAGAAACAUGGCACUGUUUUUCCUGCACUCUACCCACCUAUUGCUGGACUUCUGUUGUAACAAGUUGGCGGACACUGGCUGGAGCUGGGCUGCAAUAGAACAUGCCAGUAUCAGAGCUGACAAGAGCCUAACAAGUGCCAACUUACAGAGGAUUACGCAUUUUGAAUUCUAAUGAACUGUUUUAACCUUCAGGAAGAAUUGUAAAGACCUGUACAUAGCACAACAUGAUCCGGAUAAUAUAUAUACUAUUCAUGUACAUCCACAAAUACACCUUGUACCAAAUAAUGCUUUCUUGUAGUAGAAUAAGAAUCGUGUAAAUUCUAAAAGAUUUUAGCAGGUUUUCUUUCCCUAUUCAUUGUUUCUUAUCAGUUUUAAAAGACUCCUUAAAGCAUGUCAGAUGAAAAACAAUUAGGAUUAAAAGUUUCCAUUUAAUUUCCUUUAAACCAUUGAGGCUUCAUUAAACUCUUUUCACUUACUAAACUUUUGUAUCUUCUUUGUUUUGACACACUCCCCUUUGCUUUUCUCUCUUCUCUCUGCCAGAAAGUUUUCAAAUCAUUUAGUUCCAGUACGGAAAUACUUAAUAAGCAACUACUUGAUUUUUAACGACGACUUCAGAGGAGUGGUCAUCACUAGGUGCUUGUCGUUUGGUAGUCUAGUUGCACCAUCUCUUGGCUCGGGUGUAGCAAUACCACAUUUUGGCUGUUGAGAGCUCUUGAACUCCGUCACCCCUGAGAACUAAAAAGAGUUGGUUCGGAAUUCAGCUUACUGACACUUGCCCCAGACAGUACAAAAUUCUGGUUUGGUUUUGCUUUUGCCUUCCCGUUCAGGUUGGAUGGAUUAGUGUGCACAGCUGCAGGCUUUCUGCUUAACUUGUGGGUUUGCUCUUACAGACGUUGUUGACCUCCCACCCCUUUCUCCGUGGCCCUCCGUAUUUCUUUGCCUCUGUUCUUCUAUAUUGCAGAUUUUUCUCACUUACUGUACAAAGAAAUGGCGAUGUAUAUUUUCAUGUAAUUUGAUUUUGGAAUUCUGUCACCUUAUGUAGUGAGUUCUUCCAAAAUAUAAUUUUUUCCCAAUAA